CCGGUGGCGGCUCUGCUCCGUCGCGCUUUGCGACAGUUUCCCUCAUCCGUCCUCCCGCUGCCGCGCUGCUUUGCGGCUCCCCGCCUGCCCGGGGCCGUCUCCCCGGCUCCGGAGCCCCGCGGGAGGGAGGCGGGCCCGCCGCGGCCAAUAGGCGCCGAGGGCGCUGUGUGACGCCGGGGGCGGCGGCGCGGGCGCUGCCGUAAAGCGGGCGGCGGCGCGGGGCAGCCGUUGUUGGCGCCGGUAGCGGCGGCGCGCGAGCCGGGCGGCUUAGGCUGGGCUGGGCGCUCCGUGUCGCCGAGGGCCGCCAUGGCGGGCGCGCUGGGCCGCAAGGCCCUGGACUAUGUGCGUAGUAAGGACUUCAGGGACUACCUGAUGAGUACGCACUUUUGGGGGCCAGUUGCCAACUGGGGACUUCCUGUUGCUGCUAUUAAUGACAUGAAGAAAUCACCAGAAAUCAUUAGUGGCCGAAUGACAUUUGCACUGUGUUGUUACUCGUUGACUUUCAUGAGAUUUGCCUACAAAGUGCAGCCAAGGAACUGGCUUCUUUUUGCAUGCCACUUGACUAAUGAAGUUGCACAACUUAUUCAAGGAGGUCGACUGAUCAAAUACAGGAUGGAGAAGAAGAACUAAAUAUCUAACUUGAAAUAAGCCAAGGGAAUGUGUUCAUCCCAAAUUACAACCAAGGAAGACUUGCCAUCUACAGUUGCUGUGAUAAUUCCAGUGGGGAUAACAGAAACACCUGUUGUGAAUGACCCCCAACAAGAAUCCUCCUACUAAUUUUUUUUAUCUUGCCUUCUAAAAUGUACUAUUCAGCAAUGUAAGCCAUUGCGUUUUAAGUCUUGCAGCCUUACAGGUCCCUAACUACCGUUUUAAUAGUCAUCCAAAUAAUAAGCAAUAUUUGAAAACCAACUUUUAAAAAGUAUAAAAAUCCACAGAAGUUGUCUGUGAUGGUUUGACAAAACUUGUUUUCAAAUCAACAUGAACAGAGAUCAGUAAGCAGAACUGUAGGUGGUAUCAUUUCUAGGUAUUAACAUUCUUAAAAGCCAUUUAACUUGGGUGCAUUCAUUCCUGUUCUGUCUGGGUUUUUUUUAACUGAAGCAGCUGCUUGGUAAUCUACAAGAACAAAUCUGCAGAUAGGCAGACUGGAAGUGACCAGCUAUCCCUCUUCCCUUACUGCAUGCCUUGUCUCAUUGAAGAGACUUUUCAUUAACAUAGUCGCAUAUUAUUUAAAGAAGACUUGGAAAAGCAAAAGCAUAGCACUGGGUGAAGGAAACCAACAAAGUCUGAUAUUGUUCCUUAAGAAGUUCUAAACAGAUGUUAUUUUUUUUUUCCUACUGUUUGAGUUGUUCUAGAUGGAUGUAAUCCUUUUAUAGGCAAAAACUUAACUUGUUUGGAGUCUAAGAUCUGAAGGACACAAGGUGCCUUUCAGUAGUUUUUGACUUGAUUGGGAGAGUGGUUUUCUUGUAUGACUUGCCUGAAAGCUACAGUGAUGUAAACAUAUGACAAAGAAUGUAUGUGACGAGUGUUAUUUCAGUGCAUUGUUUUUGAACAAUAAACGUGUCCUAAAUGGCAAUAAAUCACUUCAACAUUUUGAGAA